GUUGCUUGUUUAUCACUCGACAUCUGGCAACACUGUUGACGCACACGCAGCGUCAGCUGUUGUUGCCAAGAUGGCGCAUAAGCUGUCAGAGCUUCCACCGGAUAAUAAGCGCUCUGGGGACGAGGUGAAAGACGGUCUGAGGCGGUGCAGAGGACGACCGAGGCUCACGGACUCCGACCGAGCCCAGAGAAGACUGGAGUCCCGGAAGAAGUACGACGUGAGGAGGGUGUACCUGGGAGAGUCCCACAAGCUGUGGACGGAGCUCCGCAGACGGACCAGCCUGAGUGACGCUGGACUGGCGGAGUACCUCAUCCUGCUCAACUCCACCUACGGAAACAAAUACCAGCAAAAAUACUGCGGGAAGAAGAUUUCCCCCGAAGUUCAAGCAGAAGAAGAAAAAGGUCGGAGGUCAUGUGCGUCCAGCCUCCAGAGCCUGGUGUGUUGGUACCAGGAGCACUCCCGCUCGUGUGCUCAUGAGCCUCAGCUCCGAACCCUGGAGCCCCGGCCCGGCUGCUCCACAGCUGCUAUCUGGGAGUGCCACUCCAGCCACUCGUUUGUGCAGUACCUUUUCUCACCACAGAGGGAGGCAAACGAUUGUGAACACCAGGACAGAGCCAACGAGAACACAGACGUAGAAACAGCAGCAGAGGUGCCGGUGAAUAAAGUGAGCAGGAAGAGGAGGGAGGAGGAAGCUGGUCACCAACAGCUCAAAGAUCUUUAUGAAAAUGUGACCGUAGCUCCAGUAGAGUAUAUGGCUGUGAGCCCCUUAGAGGAGGGUGCUGCUGUAAUCCACCAGCCAAGUCUGGAUGCUCCUUCCACAGAUGCUACACUGGCAGGUCAAUCCAUCUGGGAGAUGGAGAUAGAAAUGGGGUCAGUGUUUCAGCCUGCAGGAGAAUCCGCCGCUUCAGAGGAGGCAGCUGAAGGUCUACAGCAAGGUCAGGAUGGAGAAGAAAGAAAGGAGACAGUGAAGCAUGGGGAUGAAGGGGCCACAACAGUACCAGAUGGUUACACAUGUGGUCCAGUGGCCACUCCCUCAGCUGAUAAAGCAGAUGAGGACUCCGUGCUGUCACAGAGGCUAAGCGGCUCACUCGCUCUUGGCUCUCAGAUGGAGAUGUCCGUCCCGCCGCCCAUGCAGGUGCCAGAGCAGGGAGAGAUGUUUGAUGUACUGCCCACAGUGGUGACCAGCUGUGAAAUUCCCAACCAGAGGGCGGGUUUGCAAGGAUCACAGUUAAUUAUAAUCACCGGCACCAGCUGUGAAGCUCUGGCAUCGGACAGCAUCCAGCUCAGUGUGGGAAGCGGAAAUGUGGAGGAAGUCACAUGUACCGUCAUCGGGGGUGUCAACUGCAGUCAGGCCUGCCUGUCUGACUCCAACCCGAGAACAGCAGAGGAUGAAGACACUGUCACAGGUUUGAGUAACAAACAGCUGCUGAAACCAACUGCUGACCCUGUGGACAUGAGUCGUGACAGAAAGCUGCAGAGGAGUCUGAGCAGCAUCCGGUUGAAAAGAAACAGGCGAGGCCCAGUCGUCGAAGCUGAUGGAAUGCUCAAGAUGUUUCACUGUCCCUAUGAAGGCUGCACUCAAGUCUAUGUAGCUAUUAGCAGCUUUCAAAAUCAUGUGAACCUGGUUCACAGGAAAGGUCGAACAAAAGUUUGCCCCCAUCCAGGCUGUGGAAAAAAGUUCUACUUGUCAAACCACCUGCAUCGACAUAUGAUCAUCCAUUCAGGCAUCAGAGAUUUCAUCUGUGAGACAUGUGGGAAAUCAUUUAAACGGAAAAAUCACUUGGAGGUUCACAGGCGAACUCACACAGGAGAAACGCCACUACAAUGUGAAAUCUGUGGGUACCAGUGUCGCCAGCGUGCAUCCCUGAACUGGCACAUGAAGAAACACACGUCUGAAGCCCACUACAACUUCACCUGUGAGUUUUGUGGAAAGAAGUUUGAGAAGUUGGAGAGUGUUAAAUUCCACAAGCUGAAGAGCCACCCGGACACACAGGCUACGUGAGGAAUACCGACGCUACAUGCUGUAGGUACUAAGGUUACCAACGGACACACGUGGGUCAGCCCUGGGACACCAGAGGAAGACUUCAAGUGAACAGGCUUUUUUUGUGUGUGUGUGUGUGUGUGUUUCAGUGAUCUUUUUUCUCACCAACCAGGAUGGUACAGUAUAUUCAUUCAGGCAGGUUAAUAUUGAUGUGAGAUAACCCAAAUGUCAGCCCUGAUAACAGCUGUGCAGGACACAAGCUGGUUCAGACUAUACAGCCCGUAUAUGGGUUUUGAACACACACACAUAUAUAUGUAUGUAUAUAUAUAU